AGUUGUUAGUGCCUUUCUCUUCUUCUUGGGGUUGAGGCGCGUGGCGCCGGCAGUUUGGCGGGAAACUUGAGGCGGUACACAGGUGUAUAACCGCCCCGGCCAGCCAUGCUGAGGACACUGUUGUUGGGGCUGUUACUGUGCCUCCCAGCGCCCGUGCUUUGCCGACCCACCGACACGACCAACAUGGAAACCAGGGAGGAGACACAGGCUGUGGACACGACCAACACAGAGACCAGGAAGGAGACACAGGCUGUAGACACGUCCAACACGGAGACCAGGGAGGAGACCAAGGCUGUAGACACGACCAACACGGAGAUCAGGAAGGAGACCAAGGCUGUAGACACGACCAACACGGAGACCAGGGAGGAGACCAAGGCUGUAGACACGACCAACACGGAGAUCAGGAAGGAGACCAAGGCUGUAGACACGACCAACACAGAGACCAGGAAGGAGACACAGGCUGUAGACACGUCCAACACGGAGACCAGGGAGGAGACCAAGGCUGUAGACACGACCAACACGGAGACCAGGGAGGAGACCAAGGCUGUAGACACGACCAACACGGAGACCAGGGAGGAGACCAAGGCUGUAGACACGACCAACACGGAGAUCAGGAAGGAGACACAGGCUGUAGACACGUCCAACACGGAGACCAGGGAGGAGACCAAGGCUGCCAACUCCAUCAGAUCACCCAAGAAGUACCGCUCCAGACGCCAAGCGACAGACAUCCCUAACGAGAACGAUAUUCCGAGCGAGACGCGGAAUAAAUUCGUGCCGCCGACCCCACGCACCAAGGAAGCCAGGGAUCGCUUCUACUUCUCCAAUUAUCGACCGGAAAUCCCGCCUCACGCCUACGUGCUAGUCAAGAACGAGCCGUUCUUUGGCACCGUGGACCACGCCAAGCUCAUCCUAGCGCUGGAGCAGCGGCGGAAACUGCAGAGUCUCCCCUUACAUUUGCUCAAGAGCCUGCGCCCGUUCUUCCCGUUUUUCAGCGCAAACUAAAAUAAUUAUUGUUAGUCUGAUUAACCGUAUCCGGCUGGUCCUCCACGGCGAGUUUUCUCACCAUAUAAAUAUACAAAUUGUUAUAAUAUUUGUGUGCUGGGAAGAAAUGCUAACCAGUGCUGUAAAUAUGAUAUUCUGUGUUAUUGUUUUUUUUUUUAGAUAUAUACAAGAGUUGUUAUAUUCUUGUUCAUUGUUAUAAUUUCUUACUCUAAGACUUCUUCCUCCUUCAUCUUCAAGACAUGUAAAACAGACAUGAAAGUAGUAGAUUAGAGACAUGAAGAACACAGGUCACAAUGACGUGACCUGUGAGGGGUCACUACACUAUCAACAAGACAUGAAGAAUGUUACAGGGGGAAAAGGAAAUUGAGAUCCACUUCUGUCUGACAGCAUAACACAAGCAAAAGGGAUACUCAUGACUUCUCUGUGUCAUGUCAUGACAUAACACGACAUGAUAUGACAUGUUCUCUUCAUUGUCACUUCACUGCGACACCUCAUGAAUCUCAAGCUCAUUAACUGAAUAAACUAUUAAUCGAAAUCCUCACUGAAUAAUUACUGGAACACUACUGAAUCAAUU